AUGCUUUUCCCAACAAUUAUAGGUGUUGGCGCCGGAAUUUAUAUACUCCUUCUCCUAGCAAACUUCUUCGGCACUGAUAUUACUCCCAUGAUUGUCGACAAAUUUUAUCGCACCUUCCCAUCUCUUUUUCCAGCUCCUGAACCUCUUGCAGUAGACCCAAUACUUGUAGCGGCCUCCCGUAUGGCAGCGGAACGUCGUCUACUCUAUCCCGCCUUCAAUUAUACCAUGCGUGCGAUAUUCCACACUAGCGGCUGCACAAUAUAUGGUUACCCCUCUACCGGUGGCAUUUUCAUCAAAGAAAAUGCUAAUAUUGUGGAUAUGAAUUUCCUAUCUCUGAAUCGUCUUUACCCAACUCAAAGAUCACAUGAUCCUAUUGAAGAAGAUGAGUUUUGUAUCUUGAUACGAAAGAUUGGGGCAAUCUGGUGGAGUAGCGAACGUCAUCACGAGAGCGAAUGGACUUCUUCAGAAGACAUUUACCAAGAAGCAGGUGUACCCUCCCCAAUGCCUACAAAUGCACAGAAAAGAGGCUUAAUCUUCGGAUGGUCAACAGAUGGAGGAGGUGUUUGGGUAUUAAGAUAUGAUACGCAUGAAGGCAAGGAGAAAUUGUUGCCGAGAGAUUUCGGGAGAAUCAAUAUGGCGAUAAAUAUGGAUGAGAGAGUGGAGAUCAUGCGGGAAUAUGAUGCUACUUUCUAUGAGAACGAGCAGGACGUAGAAGAACUUGGUGAUGAAUAUUGGAAAGUAGAGGCCGAUGAAUGCGUGUGGUGA